AUGUCUGAACCAACUCAAGACGAAAUGGAUGGUAACUAUGUGAUUUCAUUAAUUUUCUCUUCAAUUUAUCGAAGUGAGUUUUUUGGAAUGUAAUUUUUACCUUAUUCGUAGAAUACCGAGAUGCGUUCGCCCUGUUUGACGAGCAAGGAGACGGUAAAAUAGACUGCAACCAGAUCGGAAAGUUGCUACGCUCGUUAAAUCUUAACCCCGAAGAUGAAGAUAUUCGCAAGAUUGAAAAAGAUGUCGGUAAGUCAUAAGUCCGUUUUACUUAUCAACCUGACUUGGUAUGCGCUUCAGCAGUGCUCUUCAAGUACGUAGCACUUCUCAGGAUUAAUAUUUUGGGGAUCUUCAUACUACAUCAACAUUCACUCUUUUUGUAGUAGCGCCAGCGAUGCCGGAUUAAAAUAUGACAAUUGCAAAACUAGUUAAUAAUUUCGUAUAGCCGAUCCAUUUAAUCUCUCUUCUCGUGUAAAGAUAAAUUUUGGUUAGCUAUCUACUGUAGAUCAGACAAAUGGGAAAUAGGUUUGAGCUACUGCGAUUGUACAAGAGACGCUCAGACAGAGGCUCAGCCAGGGUUAUUCUAUAUGUUUAUACUGCCUAGUUUCCUUCCUGUGUCAAAGGAUUUAAAGGUCUUUUUAAAUGUUUCAAUCAAGUUAUUUCGCAACAAACUUUCUUAUAUUGUCACGCAAAGAUAUCAGUCGGUAAAAUACGUUUGUGAUCAUAUAUUGGACCGUGAGCGUAAACCGAAAAAUCGUUGAGGCAUUUUUGUAGCCAGCAAAAAGACACAACUAUUCUUUGAAAUGUGGUUUUAAAAUAACAAAUGAAGACAAAAAAGCCAUCAAAUGCACAAUGGGUGUGUUGUUAUUUUGGUAAUAUGUACAUCUGUGGACUUCUACAGAAGAUCAAUCAUUUUGAUUUACUUUUCAGAGUAAGGUUAAAGUUAUCAUAACUUUGCCUAAUUCCUUCACGCUGAUGAGCACCAACGUUCGCUUAAUUGAACAUGUAGUAAAACAAAUCGCCAAAAUAAAAAAAAAAGGAUUGCUCGCUUAUGUAGCAUGAUGUAGAAGACAAAUAAUUUCAGAGAUUAUGUUUCAUACACGACACAAGAAAAUAAGGUUUUCUGGUAUUAAGUUGUACUGCCCGAAUUUAAAUUAUUAAGACUCUGCCUCCGGGCAUCGAUAGUGCAAAUUAGAAGGAUGAUCAUUAAAACAGCCAUUGUUUAAAACUGGCAGUAAUUUGUUAUAACCUGCUGUAAAAUCUUAUCUUUCACAAUUGAUUGCUUUUGGUAAGGUCUCCAUUGAAAACGUAUCAGUGUUUCUCUUUUGUUGUAGACAUUCAAGCCUCCAAGGAGAGAACACCUAAAAAUGAGUAAACAACUUUGUAUAGUCUGGCUAUUUUUAAGGAGGCUGCCAGUCGUACCCCUUCAGUAAUUUCAUACUAAUCGCCUUAAUUGAUUUGCGGCGUAAUCUUGAAAUUAUCUCGCAUACAGGGCAAAAUUUAAGCAGGCAGAAUGAUUUCGUACAAAGUAAGCCUUGUACUUUGCUUUAAACAACUGUUAAACUACCUUGUUAUUUUUUCACUGAUGGAAUGUAACCUUUGCCUACUCGUCGGGUUGGAACCGAAAGAAAAUAUAUCUCUGUCAUCAGGAUCAUUUUUGUUGAUGUAGUUUGUUAUGUUUCCUCGCAUAUUUGGCGUGUUCGCUUGCAGGGCUAUCGCUCCUGGUUCUUAGUAACAGGAAGAAGGCUCAACGUGAAAAGCGAAACUUCCCGUUUAAAACAUUGCGCCGAGACUCGGUUCUAGGCAAAGUCAUUGACGAUUUCCAUACCUUUAAUAAUUUAACGCGAACAUAAGAUUCCACGCAAAAAACGUUGACGAAGAUGUAUUUGUACAUAGACUGCAAAACAGUCCGUAUUUUUGCGUAUUCAAGUACGCGCGAGCAGUCAAACAAAUAGGCCUGGAACGAGGCUGAAAACAGAGAGCGAGCCCUAUGGGCGUGUGAGGCUCGCGCGCUUCGUGCGCGUAAGACUCUCGAUUUCUUAACUGAUUUGGGGGAAAAACCGACGGUUUUGCAAUCGUAUUUGCACAUAGAGAAAGUUGAAAAACUGGACUGUGAUCAUUUAGCAUUGAAAGAAGUUUAAGUUCCUUUUCUUUUCAGGAAAUCGGCGCGUUUCGUUUGAAGAGUUCCUGCCUAUCUUUAUGAAGGAGAAAAAGAACAACAGAGAAGUAUCUGUACAGGAGUUUAUAGACACUCUGAACGUGUUCGAUAAGGACGGCGCCGGCAAAGUAUCAUCCGGGGAACUUCGUCACGUGCUAACGGCAUUGGGUAAGUACGUACCGUAUUUUAUUCGAUUAAACGCCGCAGCGUUUUUAUUAAAUUUCUAACGUUUCCAAUACGGCGUUUAUUCAAGGGCGGCUUUUAUUUCGAAAUCACUUUUUUUUUAAAUCACUGACAACAGUUAUUGUAAAUCGUUUUUAAAUAUUAUGUAUUUUAAAGGUUCCAGUGUCUCCCUUAUUUUGCUAAGAUAGAAUCGUAAAUGUCUGGAUGGUUAAAAGUACCAAGUUGUACCGAGGUUUUUCUUAUUAUCCUCGAGUAAACGCUGCCCUGACUUCUUCUGAUUAGGUGCGGCGUUUAUUGGAGGGCGGCGUCUAUUGGUAAUUUUGCUUCCAUCUGCGGCGUUUGAUCGAGGGUGGCGUUUAUUCGAGGGCCGCGUUUAAUCGAAUAAAUACGGUAUGGCGCGAAGAUAUGGGCCUCGUAAUGUAAACAAGGCGCUCCCAUAGCCACGUAUGGCGUAUAUUUGUGUUGAAAUUUUUUUUUUGGUUUAAAUGUAUUUUUCUUUGUUUCAAACUUAUUAUUAGACAUUACCUGAAGACAGAAGAGAAAGAAAAGCCGAACAUAAACUUGGCCUUUGCCGUGUAAACAGAGCCUUCCUUCUUUCAGUUUAGCUAAAAAUUGUUCGGAAAUAUUUCCCGGCGCUGGUUUACGAUCAAGGACUGUAUCUUUCUAUUCCACUAAAUGCGUUUAUUCUCUCUCAAGUUGCGUUCAAUGUUACAGUCUCAAUGUUUUUUCCAUUCUAAACUAGAGCUCUAAAUACAUCAAUGACUUAUACUUUGACAAAAGAGAAAUAGAAUAAUGCCGCAGCUAAUUCUCGGCUCGCUAAACCCUAUUGUAAUUCGUAGCUCUCAAUCUAGCCAAAAUUGUUCUUUGUUUCCCUUAAAUCAGCACGUGAUCUGAUAUUAUCUAUGCAACCCGUAAGUCAGUGUCACACAGUGAAAAAAAUCAUCGACAUUCAGUACUCGAGUAUUGUUCGCAGAGGUUCAAUUCAUUUCUAAUUUACGAGGGGGCAGUAACUAAAGGUCCCAGUCCCCAGGGUAUUAGAGUCACAUUCGCCACGUUGGACACUAGAAGAGACUGGUACGAGUUAACUUUCGCAAAGACUUCUGGGACUCUUGCUAGGGACCGGGCGAACAAUAAGCAAAUAGUGUCCCCGGUAACGAUCCCAGAAACAAUGGCGGGGUUCCAGUCCCCCGCCCCCACUCGUUUCUAAAGUGGCCAAUUAGAUUCUUGUGGACAAAUGAUUGAAAUGACGAACUAAGACCACCUCGUCCCCAUCGCUCUUUUUUGGAAAAAGCCCUGGGGAUCUCAUCGCGGGCAAAUUAGGAAAUUUGAAAAAGUUAAGCACAGUACUUUUAUUGUCCACAGUUUGAUAAAAAACUUCUACGUGUUUGAAACUGAUACUUUCGGCGCCAAUUGUGAACAUAAUCUUCACGGGCGUGAAGUGCUUUUUACCGAAUGUAAUGAAUUAAAUCCCAAGUAACAAUCCCAGAAACAAUUGCGGGACGCAUUUCGGCUCCAGUUCCCUUUUCUUGUUUCUAAAGCGGGCGAAUGCCUAAUAACACAAAACAAAAAAUGCCUCAGACGUUCGACCGCGCUGAACCUGUGUAUGACUGAAACUAAGACUUGGACAUCUCACAGGGGACCCAAGUAAUAAGUACAGUAGUGAACAUACCAAUUUGAGCACUGAAGCAAACGUACCAACUCCGCGGUAUGGCCAGUACCUUACGCAUGCGCGCAACCAUAUCACCCCGGUAGUGGCAGCCAUGGACGCAUUCCGUGGGAGAACUGUUUUACGGUUCUCAACCAACACCUAACACUUGUCUACGGUGGAGCUGGCGCUUAAAGGAAUGCUUUGCAUUCGCCUCGGCAGUAAAAGGCCUCUGAGAAAGGCGCGCUUUGUUCUUACAGAGGUCCGAUGGCUUUGCCAUACAUAUGAGUUGCCAUGUGUACUUCAGUGCUUAACCCCCACCAUUGUACCACAUUCUUUUCUUGUUCUUGUAGGCAACAAGCUUAGAGAUCGCGAAGUCGAUGAGUUGUUCAGUGACGUCGGGGAGUACCACGGAUUUAUUCACACAGCAGGUAUUUGCCUAGUUUCAAACCGAGGAGGCUGGGUACGAGUAAGUUUUCCGAGGCGCUCUGGCGGCGGGGUGGGAAAAGGAAGGAGAACUUGCAACAACGUCUCUGGAAUUUGAAUUCCGCCUCCAAUUCCCUUGUGGCUCACCGUCGACGGAGCUCUCAGAUUUCCGCCAAUCAGCGCGAAGUGGAAACGGGCGCGAACAAAAAUUAAUAAUAAUAAUAAUAACGGUUUAAUAUCAGUACAUCCAUGGUAUGGCUCUUCGCCUGAUAUAAGAGUAAAAUAAGGAAAUUAAAAACAAAAAAACAAAAAUCUGAAUUAUGAAUUUGUAAAAAGCUAGGUAAUAUACAGUAAAAUGUAAUUAUACAAUAUAUACAUUAUUGAAAACUAGGCAAGAAAUUAUUCCGCUCUAUUUCGGCAGCGCUCCCUUAAAAUACCUAAUGUUUGCUUACUGAAGGAUUUAAAAUUAUAACAGCAUUUAACAUUGGAUGGCAGAGAAUUGAAGAGGGCUGCCGCGCUGUACUGAAAAGUGUCCGAGGCAUAGGGAAUAACUAGAUUUAUGGUACUUGAUGACCGUAAAUUUCUAGCAUGUCUUACUUGCUCAAGCGGAGGGUUUCUGGGCCAAUCAUGAGAGUAUAUAGCUUUGUGCGCUGCCUUUAGAACGUGCCAUUCUCUACGUUCUUUCAUAGGCAACCAGCCUAACUUAAGAAUAGAGUCAAUAUUGUUCACAUAGCGUCCAAAAACAAAACUGGCUGCCGCAAACUGGAUGCGCUGUAACCUUUUUAAAAGGCAAUCGGUAAAAAUUGAAAAACACGUGAAAGCACGCGCCAAGGGUAAUGGCGUCAUUACUAAUUUCAUCUCAGCCAUCAGCAUUGCGUACUCCUGCCAACAGAUAGCAAAACAGAUAGCAGACCAGCAAACAGAAGUCCCAGUGACAGCUUAUAAUGUUAACCGUUUUACUUUUCUUUUUAUCCCCAGAUUUCGUGAAAAUGGUCAUGUCCAACCCAUAGCCAACAAAGGAGACUCGUGUAUAAUGGCAGAUAUAUCAUUUUUUAAAAUACGGCAUUUACUCAAAACAGCGCCCUUGACUCUAACGCCUCGUC